UGUUGAACUCGCCUUGCACCGCGGAUAAAAUUGCAGCAUUGGCGGUCUCCACACAGGGCCGAAACAGACGCCAGCCAUGUUUCCCUGUUUGCAGGGCCUCAGCGCGGCUAUCAUACUUUGCGUCCUCAUGAAUCAUGGAGUUUCGUCCCGAGACGCUGCCAUUUACCCGGAUACUGCUGACUUGGCGGAUUUUGUGCAGGAGUUUCAAUGGAGUUUGAGCGAGCUCGAGAUCGAAACGGUCGGUCUUUGUCCAAGCCGACCCCUCCCUUCUUCAAGCGACCAAGAGGUUGAGGAUAUUGCGUACGACCUAUCGUCCACGAGUGCUACGAUAAACACCACGGUGGAAUCGCUUUUUCGCAAUGGUUUCCCCGAAGAAUUUGUUUUAUUCGCCACUGUAAUAGUGGAUCCUGACAACACAGCAGACUUGUUCACGAUAAUGGACACCGAGCAAAGUCUAUCUUUCAAUUUGAACCCUUUGGAGUUUGAAUACAGGCGACGAGGGAAGGCUCCAUUUCGAGUGAGAUUGAACCAAACCUUAGCUGAUGGGGCGUGGCACAGAGUGGCCAUAGCAGUCAGGAAGAAGCACGUGACGCUGUCUUUAGAUUGUGCCGAGCCUAUAGGACAUGUAAGAAGGCCCAGGGGAUUUAGACCGAGUUUUGGGCAAGACAGUGUUGUUCGACUAGAGGAGCAAUUUCAGGGAUCUCUACAGCAGCUCAUAGUAGCCCCAGAUGUGUUCAGAGUUCUUUCUUACUGCAAAAUGUUUACUCCCGAUUGUGACAAACCACUGCCAUACGCGCCUUUCCUAAGUGGUGCUGCUCAAGAGCGCCUUGGAAGUAACGUGCAGAUCAUUAACAAUGUCAGAUAUAUCAAAGGCGAGAGAGGAAGACCUGGGCCCCCAGGUGCCUUGGGACCGCAAGGGCCGGUUGGCCAAAAAGGUUACAAUGGGCCUAGAGGAGAUCAAGGAUCCAAGGGACCCCCAGGAUCUCCCGGUACAGUUGGACCUCCCGGCCCUCCAGGGCCCCCUGGUGACGGAAUCUAUGUUAGAUGGAAUAGACUUCAAGGAUCGAAUGAAAAAGGCCCAGGCCCCGUAGCGGGCGGUCUCGUGGUCGAGCCCCCUGCAGUGCCAGGAGAGCCAGGCCCACGGGGACAACGAGGAGCACGUGGUCAACCUGGACUACCGGGAAACCCCGGUGAGAAGGGAUCCCAGGGAGAUCCAGGAGUCCCGGGCUUACCAGGUAACCAAGGUAACCGAGGUCCACCUGGUCGAUCGGGAAAACCGGGUCCCGCCGGACCGGACGGGCCAAGAGGUGCACCUGGAGCUAUGGGAGAAAAGGGAGACAGAGGAAUUGAAGGAAUGGCAGGAAUGACGGGCCACAAAGGACCAAGGGGUUUACCCGGCAUGCGAGGAGAAAAAGGCGACAAAGGUGAAGCUGGUGAAAGAGGUGAAAGUGGUACACCAGGGCAAGCUGGAAUGCCUGGCGAACGUGGACCCCAAGGAGAUUCAGGAGAAAGGGGGCUGCCAGGGCCGCGAGGAUUGCAAGGAAGUACUGGAGAGCGAGGCCCACCAGGACCCACUGGACCACCGGGUCCCCCAGGUGCUGCAGGAAUUCAAGGUGUGCAAGGAAUGAGAGGACCCUCGGGACCUCCUGGUAUUCCAGGUCCCCAAGGGCCUAUGGGACCUAAGGGUGAAGCUGGAAAAGUUGGUAUGCCUGGUUUCCCAGGUACUGAUGGUGUUCCAGGAUACCCUGGCAUUGAAGGACCCCCGGGGCCUAAAGGCGACAGAGGUGCAUCAGGUGUUAGAGGACCACAAGGCUACCCAGGCCUCCCUGGACCAAAGGGGAGCAGAGGAAAACGAGGUCCAGAAGGAGAGAAGGGUGAUGAGGGACUGUCGGGAUUCCCUGGUGCAAAAGGUGACGAGGGGCCCAAAGGAGAAGAUGGUGCCGCAGGAGAGGUUGGUGUGCCAGGAGGUGAAGGACCUGAAGGGCCAAAGGGUAGAAGUGGUAUCCCAGGACCUUCAGGCCCCCCUGGACCAACAGGAGUAAAGGGAGAGAGAGGACCACAGGGAAUGCCUGGAUACCCUGGUGAACCAGGAGAAAAGGGCAAUACUGGCGCAACAGGGGCUAGAGGACGAGAUGGAUCAAAGGGAAUCAGGGGGGAUCCUGGACCAACAGGGCCACAAGGAGCAAGAGGAUCAAGGGGUCCGCGCGGUGAGCGGGGAUCCCCUGGUACUCCUGGGACCAACGGUGCAAAGGGUGCUGCUGGUGAGCCCGGAGUACCUGGUGACCGCGGAAACCCAGGGCCUCCAGGGCCUCAGGGGGACCGAGGACAGGCAGGACCUCGCGGACCAAUGGGUAUGCCAGGAAAAGCGGGCCUUCCAGGAUUUCCUGGACCUCGUGGAGAGACGGGACCCCAAGGAAAAACAGGGCCGCCAGGACCCCCCGGAAUACCAGGUGGCCGGGGCUCUGCAGGUGAGAGGGGCAGCCCAGGAUCUAAAGGAGAACGUGGCCGACCGGGACCCCAAGGAUCGACAGGAGACCCAGGGGAGUCUGGCAAGGAUGGUGCAAAGGGAGAGCCCGGCAAACCAGGCGUGGACGGUAAAGACGGUGCACAGGGUCAGCCAGGAACACCAGGACCGAAAGGUGCCAUGGGACCGCCAGGAUCUGUAGGACCCAAAGGCGUAGAAGGGGCGAUUGGCCUCCCAGGUGCACAGGGCCCUCAAGGAAUGCGCGGACCACCAGGACAACCUGGGCCCCAGGGUCCCACGGGGAGGGCAGGUCGCCAAGGACCUCAAGGACCAGCUGGAGAGAAAGGCAGUAGGGGAGAGGAAGGAGCUCGUGGAGAGCCUGGACCCGAGGGGAAAGCUGGAUUUCCGGGUAAACCUGGAGAGGAUGGACUAACAGGCCCCCCAGGGGAGGAGGGUGAGAAGGGUGACCAAGGAGCUCCAGGCAUACCGGGAAAGAAAGGAGCACAAGGACCGAAGGGACCCCCAGGCCCCGCCGGACCCGUUGGCCCACCGGGAAAGACUGGACCAACUGGCCCGCCCGGUGAGACUGGACCCCAAGGGGCCACUGGCCCGAGGGGCGAGAAAGGGAGCGACGGAGGACGCGGACCACCCGGGCCUAGUGGAGCUCCGGGAGUGCCGGGCGUUCCUGGACCCAGAGGACAGAAAGGUGAAAGAGGGCCAGGUGGACCACAGGGAUCUGCCGGAUUACCAGGUCCUCGCGGCCCACCUGGACGGGCGGGAACUAAGGGAGACCAAGGUGAACCUGGUGAAGCCGGUAGUGAUGGACGACCUGGAGAGAAGGGCGACCAAGGGCCGAAAGGUGACGCAGGUGCCGCAGGGCAGCCAGGCUCACCGGGCCGACCUGGUGGAGCGGGAUCGAAAGGUGACCGAGGGGAUCCCGGUCCGCAGGGUCCUCCAGGCCCUAGGGGAGAUGAUGGAAACCCCGGCAAUCCCGGUCAGCCGGGAGAGCCUGGGCCUCGUGGAUUCAGUGGAUCUGAUGGCGAUCCUGGUGACAAGGGCGACAGUGGUCCACCAGGACCCCAAGGGGUAACAGGUCCUCCCGGCCCUCCGGGACCAAGAGGGGACAGGGGACCGGCCGGCGAAAGAGGAACCCCCGGUGCUCCGGGUGAUCCAGGACCGCAAGGAUUGCCAGGGCUUCAGGGACCGCGGGGAAACACUGGUCCAAAAGGAGAGAAAGGAUUGCAAGGUUCACAGGGAGAAAAAGGAGAUAAGGGGUGGCCUGGUUUCUUUGGUCCUACGGGAGUUGCUGGCCCAUCUGGUGACAAGGGUGACGUAGGUCCUCCCGGCCCCCAGGGAUUCCCUGGACCCAAAGGUGACAGAGGUGAGGACGGAUCCGAUGGACCACCCGGACCACCAGGACCAUCAGGGCCUAGGGGAAAUUCUGGUCUGCAGGGUGCCAAGGGAGACAGAGGACCACAAGGAGAAAGGGGAGCUCCAGGCCCACCGGGACCUCCAGGAGACAUCAGCUCUUUUCUAAGAAGUGGCUAUUUUAGACCCGGCGGUAUAGAAGUUGGUGCAGACAAAGGAAACACCAGGAAGAGAAGAUCUGUGGAUUCAACAGACGACUCAGACCCUCAGGGACUGAUCCAGUCGCUCAAGGAUGAAAUCGAGAGUAUUAAACGACCAAGUGGAACAAAAGCUAACCCUGCACGAAGUUGUAAAGAUCUGCACUUGUGUCAUGGCGACUUGAAAGACGGUUUGUAUUGGAUUGAUCCAAACCACGGCUGUAUCGAAGAUGCUAUUCAAGUGCACUGCAACUUCACUGCUGGCGGACAAACCUGUAUUUCUCCUGAUGUCAACACUAAGAAAGCCGCUAACAAAAAGUGGAAGAGACUUACCGGAUCUGAUUGGUUUAGCGAGUACGAAGGUGGUUAUGAGAUUUCGUAUACGGGUGUUGGUAAGACGCAAUUGAAUUUCUUGCGGUUACUGAGCGAGAAAGCAACACAAACAUUCAACCUGACUUGCAAAGGAUCUCAGGGGUGCUUCGACAGCAAGAGUAACGCAUUGGAGAAGGCCAUCAGACUACAAGGAGCUAAUGAUGGCGUCCUUUCUUACAUGAAAAACGAUCAAACCGUCAAGAUUACACAGAUCCGAGCAGACUGGAAAGCUGUUGUUCACGUGGAAACUGAAGACCUUAAUCAAAUGCCCAUAGUGGACUUCGCCCCUGGAGAAUUUCUGUCUUCAAAUGAAUUUGGUUUUGAAGUUGGACCUAUUUGUUUUAGUUAGUUCUGGUUGUAACUCGGUGUCUUUCCUCUUUAAAUUAACGCUCGAGCGAAACUAUUAAAUUAGAUGUUUCUGUGAAAGUUAUUUGGCUCCGCGUAGUGUUGUAGUUCUUUAUCCUGUUCAAAUAAAUGUCGUCAUAGAAUUUCCUCAGUUUGCCAUUGAAACACCAGAGACAAAUAAUCAUAGUUAAAUGUCAUCCGUGUACAAUAUCUGUUAUUAGCGUUUCGUUGAGGCUAAAUACAGGAAAAUAUGAAUAAAUGGAGAGAAAGACUCCGGUUGAAACGCGUAAAUACCUCAGUUACGCUUGGGUGUCUUUUUGUUCAUUCUCGCGUCAUGUUUGAAGCUGCAAGACGAAGAGGAACAUUUGAAGAAGUGAUUUCUAAAAAAACUAAGAGAGAUUUUAUUAAACUUUGUAAUAUUUUGUUGACUUCAAGGUAUGGUUUGUGUCAGCAAGAAGUAUAUUUAUCCGGAAAUAAAGUUACCCAGUACA